AUGGCACGGAGACCCCCCAGCCACCCCAAGCAGGCCUGGGAGGAGGUGAGGGCUCCUCAGGAGAGCAGCUCUCCAGCAGAACCCUACGAAGUGACCACGGUCCAGCCACUGCAGAUGAGCAAGACACUGGAGGAGGAGGAGAAUGCACAACACCCAGAUGUCCAGCCCAAGGGGCAGUCUGAGAGCCCCAGAUUGUUUCCUUUGCCUCACAGCAGUGUUGUGACCACGGCACAUCUGAAGCAUCCCUCCCCUGCAAAGAACUUCCUGGCACUCAGGGCCUUGGUGGCACUGUCAGAAGAAGAGGAGAUGGCCAGAAGAAUGAGGUACAGGUGCCUGCUGGAUGACAUCCUGCUGUGCCUGAGGAAUCCCUAUGCAGACAGCAGAGUGUCAGCCUUGCUCAUCUUCCACAAUUUGAUGGGGCACCUGAAGAAGAAGUCCAGAGCCAUUGCUCUGCUGCUGGUGGACGAGCUCCCACCCUUCUUUGAUGAUGAGUCCAUCCAGGUACAAGAGCUUUCCAUCAGCCUUCUGAGAAAGAUGGUGGAGUCUGUGGAGGGGGGAGAUGAGCUAGAGAGGGAGGAGAUGAAGAAGAAAAUCUGGAGAGCCCUCCUCCCACUCUUAUUCCAUCUGAAUGACCAGACCGACAGUGUGGCCCAGGCCACUCAGGAAGCCCUCCUCACCUGUGCAGACCUCCUGGACAAUGAAAAACUCAAGCGUCGGGUCCAGAGAAAGGAUACAAGGAAGAUUGGAAAGCUACUGGUGAGGAUGGGCCCCAGGCAGCAGGGAUGCCCCAUGAGCCCAGGGUCUGGGUCUGCAGCUCUUCCUCACUGA